AUGGGUAGCGGAGCGAGCGCAGAGGAUAAGGAAAUGGCCAAGAAGUCCAAAGAGCUGGAAAAGCAGCUCCAGGAAGAUGCUGAUAAAGAAGCUAAGACGGUCAAACUUCUGCUGCUGGGUGCUGGUGAAUCAGGGAAGAGCACCAUUGUAAAACAGAUGAAGAUUCUCCAUCAAGGUGGUUAUACAAAAGAAGAACAAUUGGAGUUUCGAUCUAUUAUUUUUGGCAACAUCCUGCAGUCUGCUCUGGCCAUCAUCAGGGGCAUGGAGAUGCUGUCAAUCAACUUUGGGGCGCCAUCUGCACAGGAGGAUGGUCAGAAGCUCCAGAACCUGUCGGACUCUAUUGAGGAGGGCACCAUGCCUCCAGAGCUGGCAGAAGUCAUCAAAAGGCUAUGGAAGGAUUCAGGCGUGCAGGCCUCUUUUGAAAGAGCUGCCGAGUACCAGUUGAACGACUCUGCUGGAUACUACUUGAACGAAAUGGACAGAAUCUGCAAAUCUGACUACCUCCCCACUGAGCAGGAUGUGCUGAGAUCUCGAGUCAAGACCACUGGUAUCAUUGAGGAACAGUUCGGUUGCAAAGAGCUCCACUUCAGGAUGUUUGAUGUUGGUGGUCAGAGGUCCGAGAGGAAGAAAUGGAUUCAUUGUUUCGAAGGUGUGACUUGCAUCAUCUUCUGUGGAGCUCUUAGCGCUUAUGACAUGGUGCUGGUAGAAGAUGAUGAAGUGAACCGCAUGCACGAGAGUCUCCAUCUCUUCAACAGUAUCUGCAAUCACAGAUUCUUCGCCACAACUUCCAUUGUGCUUUUCCUCAACAAGAAAGAUCUCUUCCAGGAGAAGAUCAAGAAGGUUCACCUGAGCAUCUGCUUCCCUGACUAUGAUGGUCCAAACACAUAUGAAGAUGCAAGCAACUACAUCAAGACUCAAUUUCAAGACCUGAACAUGAAGAAGGGAGUGAAGGAGAUCUACUCACACAUGACCUGUGCCACGGACACAAAGAACGUCGAGAUUGUGUUUAACGCCGUGACAGACAUUAUCAUCAAAGAAAACCUUAAGGACUGCGGUCUGUUCUAAACACCAUCCACUUUUUCAAAGAUCUUUCAGCCCCAUCCCCACCUAAAUGAUUGGAUUUACUCUGGUGAAGGUGCCACAGUAAUAAAAGAACAUCCACAGGUGGCAUGAAAGUGAACUCUACAGCAAGCAGUCAAGUGUGCUAAGUGGAUCCCCGGCCAAAACAACAACCUCCACAUCCCAACCACACCACAGAGACUAGAUCCAGAUUAGACUAAAUGGCCUCUGCUCUCCAAAAAAGGACUCUAAAUACAUUUUGACCAACUGUUCAAGUCACUAAUACAGUCAGUAAGAGAAGGGUUACCAAAGAAAGGGGACUUUUGAUGCUAUGAGUUAAUGGCGCUUGUAGAGAAGCUUCCUCUCAUUGUGUUUUAAAGUCAAACCUAUAGAGGUUGGGCUGUUAGAUGUUAUAUUUUUCCAUUCAUUUCCAGAGAAAGAAAAGUAAAUUUAUUGCAACUAAUUUUGCUGUAUAAAAACACUGUAGUGGGAAAUCAGAUCGCAAUUAGAAAGUUCUUUUAUGUACAGUGAGUAAAAAACGUGCAUAAGUCAGCAAGACUGAUUGUUUGAAUUUAACCAGCUCACACAAUA